AUGUCAUCUAAAAAAAAUAGCUUGGAAGCUCAAGAAAAGGUUUAUAAAGGAAACGUAGACGAUUACGACAAGACUUAUGUCCUCGCUAAAAAAAUAUUAAAAAUGAUUGGACUACCCCUUACAGAAAAGCUUACAAAAUUCUCAAGUUUUUGUUGGAAUUCAUUUUUCUGGUUUAACUUUGCUAAUAUACUGUUAUCGACUGCAUUGGAGACGACGAACCUGUUUGUGCAUGCUUCAAUUGGAACGUUCCUUGACCUGUUUAAAAUGAUGCCGUGUGUCGGAUUCCUUCUAGUAGCUAUUGCCAAGGCCUACAAGAUCAAACGCUACUGGUCUGUGUUCGAGAAUCUGGCCCUGGAGCCGCGAGCUAUGUGGCCAACGGGAGACAUCACUGAAGAGGAACAUAAAGUUAUAAGUGAUGCACUGGAUCGACUUAAAAUUGUUUUAAAAGUGUAUUUCUUAUGCAACGCAAUGCUGGCGAGUAUUUUCACGUUGCCAUCUAUGAUAGCCUGGAUCAAGAACCGAACUGGCCAUGACGUAGAACUGAUAUUUGGUUUCUCUUACUGGCUGCCCUUCGAUCCAUUCCAGGGCAAUCGAUAUGAAAUCGUAUAUUUUAUACAAACAUUUCAUUGUUUUCUUUCAGCUGGAUUUAUGGUGUGCGGAGAUUUGUUAUUUUGCAUCUUCCUCAGUCAUAUAACCACACAGUUUUCUUUGCUUGCGAUCAGAAUAAACAGACUUCUUUACGUUCCAAUUGACGAUCAACUCGUAGAAUCUUACACACUAGCAAAAUACACCAAAAUACGUACAAAUAUGAAUGAUAUAGAGAGCGUUUAUGAUAACGAUGCGGAGCAGAGGUACAACGAAGAAUUCAUUUCCAUCGUUAAAAGACAUCGAGCAUUGAUAAGGCUCUCCAGUGAUGUUGAAAACAUGUACACAUUUACUCUCCUUGUCAAUUUUAUUAAUAGUUCAGUUAUUAUUUGUUUUUGCUUAUUCUGCUGCGCGGUUAUUGAGAAAUGGAACGAAUUUAAUUAUAAAAUAUUUUGCUUAACAUCCAUCUUGCAAAUAUGGAUGCUAUGUUGGUAUGGACAACAGUUACUCGAUACAAGUACUGGGGUAGCAGAUGCUCUAUACAACUGUGGUUGGUACAUGGCGUCAAAAGGAAUGAAGAAAUCUGUACUCAUAAUGAUGCAAAGAUCUCAAAGUGAGGUGUAUGUAACCACUUAUGGAUUUUCAAUCGUAUCUUUGGACAGUUAUGCAACGAUUCUUAAGACAUCGUGGUCAUACUUCACGCUUUUGAUUAAUAUGUAUAAAGAAUAACAAUUAG